AAAAGUAAUUAGCAUAGUAUCGCAAUCAGAUGUUUAUAUAGAUUUCAUCCAGUUACCUUAACAACUUUUUUUUUGUCGAUAAUUUGCUUAUAUAAAUGGCUGUGUUAUAAUAGUGAAAUGAUGGCAGAUUUCGUGGAAGAUUUGGAAGCAAUAAAGAAUUCGGUGCUCUUAACGACAUUCACUUGCAAGAAAAAGCGAUACAAAGUGUUUUUCCAUCAAAAUCAAAUCAUAUGGGAUAAGGAAAAACCACCAUCAGUGCAAGUGACAGUGCCAAUAGAGAAUGUUAUCACUGUGGAACAUGUUAACAAAACAGCAAAUCAUCGACUUGAUGAUCCAACCAUUGACCCUCACAGCUUUAUCAUACAUUAUGCGAAGAGGAGAAGCAAUUGCACUUGGAAACAUGCAACUAUUGCAUUCAGCCACACUGACCCCAUCCAGGUGGCAUCCUGGGUGAAAACAUUGCAAAAUACAUUACAAACUUUUAACCAAAGACCGAAGAGCAUUUUAUUAUUCUUAAACCCCUAUGGAGGCAAGAGGAAUGCCAUGCAAAUUUAUGAGAAACUAGCCAAACCUUUAUUUCAAAUUGCUGGUGUUGAUGUGACAGUUAAUGUUUCUCAGAGAAAAGAUCAAAUCAGAGAUUUUGUUACAUAUCAUAAUUUGGAUAUGUAUGAUGUUGUUGCAUGCGUGGGAGGAGAUGGAACUGUAUCUGAACUAUUUAAUGGACUUAUAAUAAGAGAAUGUCAAUUACAUAAUUUAGAUUACAAUGAUAUUAAUAUUGAUAUACCAAAACCUAAAAUGCCAAUAGGAAUUAUACCUGGAGGAAGCACAGAUACCAUAGCGUUUUGUUUACAUGGUACAACAGACGUCCAAACUGCAGUCCUACAUAUAAUAUUCGGCGGCCGUAUCGGUUUAGACUUAGUUUCUGUUUAUGAUGAAACCAAGUUGUUAAGACUAUAUGCAAGUGUACUUAGUUAUGGAUACUUAGGAGAUGUAGCUCAUUCUAGUGAUAAAUAUAGGUGGCUGGGACCGAAACGAUAUGAUUAUUCGGGUUUUAAGAAACUGAUUUACAAUAUGGGGUAUGAAGGGGAAAUCGCGAUGUUAUCAGAAAAAGAUGAUUUUACUAGCUCUCGAUGCUUCGAGAGUUGCUCAGAAUGUUCCGUGUGCAUCGAUAAGACGACGGAAAAGAAAGAACUUGUAUGGAAAACGAUUAAAGGAAAAUAUUUUAUGGUCAGCGGAGCAAAUAUUAGCUGCGCUUGUGAUAGAAGCCCUAAUGGUAUAGCGCCAAACAGUCAUUUGGGAGAUGGCAACUUACACUUAGUUCUGGUCCAGCACACUUCGCUGCUUAAUAAUGUGAGAUUACUUUUAAGAUUAUCGGGUAGGAACAAGGAGAUACAACAGUUCCCCUUUGUGGAAACGCACAAGGCGAAAGAGUUCUGUUUCCGAGCCAUCAACAAAAAGAGCAAAUGGAAUUGCGACGGGGAGGUCCAGUACCAAACGGAUAUUCGCGCUAAGGUACGAUGUCAAUUACUUACUAUCUUGGGUAGAGGAAUGCCAGUGCCUACAGAAACUGUUACUAAUUGUUGUUCAUUUUGCUGACGUUGGAGCAAAAAUAAUAAGUAUUUAUUUGUUCUGUGUUAUGUUAAUAGCUAAUAUUUUUGGUUUAGGGUCAGAUUACUAGGCAUCGUUUUUUUUGUUAUUUUG